AAGCUGCCUCUUCCAUUAUCCUCUUAAAUAUUACAUGCAUAAAUAGAUAUGGAGCAGACUCGCCGGGCUGCUGUAGCUUAUUAUGAACAUCUGCCCGCUAAGACUAAGAAAUUGGCCAGAAAAACUUUCAAUGCCAUGGAUAAGAACGGAGACGGGCAAAUUAGCCUACGUGAAUACGUGGACUACCUCAAGAAAAACAAAGCCACAGAUUUCACUCAUCAGAGCUUGUUUACAGCGCUGGACAAGGACGGCAAUGGAAGCUUGGAUUUUGAGGAAGCAAUCGUCUUGUACUACAUCAUGCAGAGUGGAAGGGCUAUAAUUUGCCAGUCUUGUAAGACGUUCUUGGCAGGAGCAUACUUCAGUUGCUCUCAAUGUUUCUUCAAUAAUGAUUCAGGUAGCACCUAUGAAAUUUUUUGUGCUUGUUAUGGUGGUAAAAAUUUCACACACCACGGUGAUGCCAUCUUCUGCGAUAACUAUACUUUACUACGUCAAAGCAGGAGCGUGAUACAAGAGGCCCCCAUAAAGAAGCGAAGAAAGGUGCUUAACUCCCAUAAAAAGAGACUGCUAGUUGCGGAGAUAACUGUUGGUCUUGCAGGCAUAACUGUUGGUGUUGCUGAUCUUGCAUCAAAAUUUUACUGUAGCAUUAUGUGAAAUAACCAAGGAUGAAUUUUAUCAUAGUCAAAUGCCUCCAAUCGUACAGUAAUUGCUGAUGAGGGACGAGGAAAUGACUGGAAACUCUUCAAGAAAAGCUCACGUCCAGUAGAGAAAAAGCUCAAGUUACUUUUAUGGAGUUGUAUUUUUUGUGUCGCAAUUGUAUUCUCAUGCAUUUGAUCUCCGUAUUCUCAUGUGUGCUUUUGGAGGGCAUUUUGAAUUUGUUACUUUAAUCUUAAGCUGUUUUUGUGUAAA